AUCAUUUAUUAUAGCCAUUUCAACCAUUUUUGUAAAAACUGUAUAAUUAUAAUCAUUUUCAAUUACCAACUAUAUAAUAUUGGCACGAGUUUUCGGAUUUCCACCCGAGUGUCAUGUCAUCAGUAUCAAGAUUGGAGUAAUGUUUGGGUAAUACUCAGAUGUGCAUGAGAUGUAUCCCGAAAGAACCAGACAAUCCAAUAGAUAAAGGAAGGAAUCCAGCCAUAAGUCGAUUAUAGACUGUAACAUAUUCUUGUUUCUGGGCAAGUAAAAGUGAUUGACGACUGGAGACCAUAAUAGAAAGAUUCUGGUAAAUAUGAACUACAUUUAUCACAAUUUGAUAGAUCAACCAAUCAUAAUAAAAGAAGAGAAAUCUCCUUUAAUUCAACGAUUAAUUACGGAUAUCUCAGAAGAAGAUGUCGAUAUCAUUAGUAUCAAAAGCGAGGAAUGUAUUACACAAAAUGAGAUAACAAACGAUGAUAACGAUACAAAUCUGAAACAACAAGAAAUUAACGUGACAGAAAAUAUAGACUUAUCACCGACACUUAUCAGAAAUCAUAUAGUCAACCAUACAAAUCAAACGGAGGAGGCUACAAGCGAAGAACUCUCUGAAAAUGACGAAAAUAAAGAAGUCGAUAGGAACUUAUCUUCUCCAGAAUUUCAAUCUGAUGAUACCCGGGAAAUGAACUUCUUGGAAGAGCUGCAACAUGCAAAAGAAAAAGAAAAGCAAGUCAAAAAGCAAAAAUUAAAAUCAAAACAAUGUACUAAAAUUUUGAAAGAGACGGAUGCGAUUUCUGCGAAUUCUACAGUAAUAAAAUUACCUUGGAUAAGCAAAAAUAAUAGCGAAUACACACACGCACAUACACAAUAUGACAAUAUUAGUAAAACCCUUGAAAACAUAAAUAUAUUACUUGGUAAUACAAAUAAUAGUAAAAACAAAGUUACAAGUAGUCCAAACACCGUUCAAUUUGAUACAUUUAACAUAAAUCCUACUAUAAUAAAUAAAGAGGACGAAAUUAGCAGUAAGUUACCACAAAUUACCAUCGAUAAUACUAAUAAUGCGAAUAGUUAUCAAAUGGAGGCAGAUCAAUCAUGUAGUUCUGCAGAGACAGCUCAAAGUUCCAUAAAUAAGGAUAUUGUCGCGUUAAAAUAUCUCGGUUUAACUAAUUCUUCGCAGACAGUUAAAAAUAGAGUUAAACGUAAGCGAAGAGUAGGAGGACGCAAGUCACGAAAGCAAAAAGUGACGGUUUCAUCUCCGGAAACAUCCACAAGUUUAAGCGAUAUCGCGCAGUUAGAGAUUGAUGAGGAAGAAUUGUUACGAGAAAUCGAGGAUGAGUUGAAGUACAAACAGGAGAUCUUAUUGCGUAAACAACGUAUCGAGACUAUGCGAGAAAUCGUGAAUAAUUUGAAAAAGGAAAACCCCUAUAGAAAGGAAGAUGAUGAACAAACACGUCAAAGACAAGCGCGGAUAACCACAGCCAUAAAUUCUUAUCGACAGUUCAAAAAUCAAGGUACUCCUUACGAAGAUAAUUUUGUCAUUAAAGAUCAAACGGGUUCCGAAGCAUGUCGAUUUAAUGUGAAGUUCACGAUCGAAGAUUUACAACCGACGAGUUACAAUAAAGGACAACGAGUAUACAGAAUAAUUUACGACUUCGCAGAAGGACGAUUAAAACGCACCAUAAGCUUAGGGGCCGCGAGUGAGACAAAUCAACAAGUAGAAUUGCAACAUCUACAGGAAAUCCAACCAUCAACAUCCAUGAACAAGGCAGAUAUUAGACGAUCAGUAAGAAAGAAAAAAAUACCAAAUUCCUUCUUAUCAUUCACUACGGAUACAAAAGACAAGUCGCUUAGCGAAAAACGCAGGCAAAUGGCACUUACCCGAGUUCGUAGAAGAAAUGGCCAAUUUAUCAAGACAAGCAAGAACACACAAAAGUCGACCAAAUAGUCAAAUGAGAAAUCAAAAAACAUGAAACCUAGAGUAAGUAUUUUUAAGUCUCGACGAUCUGAGAAAUAAGUUAAACCUGCGUAAAAUUGCACAAGGUAAAACUUGACAAGAAGAUUGCAACCUCGUUGAUUGAGACCAAUCGUAUUAUUGGCACUGUAUAAUAUUCAGGAGAUAAACUAGAUGAUAGGAAUAUUGUCACAGAAAGCUAGCCAGCUGAAUCAGUGGAGAAUAAGCUAUGCUAUUAUAUAUAAUACACAACUUAUAAAAAAUAACCAAGUGAUGGUGACGACAACUUCUAAAGAUGACAUGAAACAGCAAUCAGAGAUCGAAUAAGAUGCAGUUUUGAAAGUGAACGUUGACUUUAUAAAUAAUAAUCAUAAAAAAAGGAUUGAAAGGUGAUUUUAAAGAUAUUUGCUCUACCGCUAAGAGAAAAAAGGUAUGAAAAAUAGGUUUACUCGAGAUUAAAGUUAAUCCACAUC